AUGUCCUAUCGAAUCGCAGUAUCUUCAUCUGGGAAGGGCCGUAGGUUCAGUCCGGAUAGGAAUAUCUAUAGCUUUGACCCUGAAACGCAGGAUGCCAUCGGGUUACAGAAGGGAAGAAAUUAUCUGGAGCAGCGCCUCAACCGACCAGACAGUGGAGAGGAUGCCUUCUUCGUCGGCAAAGUAGAUGGUCAUAACAAUACCUUUGCCUUUGGUGUUGCAGAUGGUGUGGGCGGCUGGAUGCAAUCUGGCGUAGAUCCGGCCGAUUUCUCGCAUGCCUUCUGUGCUUACAUGGCUGAGUGUGCCUUGAACUGGGACGGAUCAGCCCAGGAGCUGCGUGCAAGGGCCUUGAUGCAGUUAGGAUACGAGAGAACGCUGGUCGACAGGUCGAUAUUUGCUGGUAGCAGUACUGCGUGCAUUGGUAUAGCGCGCGAAGACGGGACAGUUCAACUAGCGAACCUUGGAGACUCCGGCUCGGUUCUCUUUCGACUAGCUGCUGUUCAUCAUUAUUCAUGCCCCCAGACCCACGACUUCAAUACACCCUACCAGCUAGCUGUCUUACCACCUCUGAUGCGAAUGCAAUCCGCUGUUUUUGGUGGCAGACAGUUUGAAGACCUUCCCCAAGACGCCAACGUAAUAAAUUAUCGUCUUCAGCAUGGUGAUGUACUCAUACUCGCAACAGACGGGGUAUAUGAUAACCUGAACAACCAGGACAUUCUUAAACACGUUACAGCUCGGAUGAUGGGCACUGGAGCCUGGAGUGGAACUGCUGACAUGGGAAUCGGAGUGUCCGAAAGCUUAGAUGUCCUAACUCAAGCCGGGGGACUGUCAUCUGCCUUCUCCGCUCUGAAAUCUAAAUCUCGUCAUCACCCCGAGUCAGCGCCAGACAUGAAAAAUAUAGACGCAAACACACGCGACCACACGCUGCAGGCGCUUCUUGCUGUUACCAUAGCUGGGGAAGCAAAGAUAGCUAGUAUGGAUUUCCGGCGUGAUGGUCCUUUCGCAAAAGAAUCGCAAAGGCACCGACCAUGGGACCACUGGAGAGGAGGCAAGCCGGAUGAUAUAUGUGUAAUUGUUGUUAUUGCAGUCGAAGAAGGAAGGAGUCUAGCCGAAUAG